UUUUUUUUUUUUUUUUUUUUAACCAUGUUUGAACAAUGGGACUAUUCCAUGUACAGAGGAUUUUUUUUCUUUUUUUAUAUAUAAAGCAUUUAACUGCCUUAAAUUACUUAACAUCUAAACACUAACAGAAACAUUGCUUACGUUUUAUUUUGUUGGUGAUAUUUAUAUGCAAAAUACCAUUAAAAAAAAAUUAUAUUCAAAAGUGUGAUGUCAGCUCUCGAUCCUAGCAGACUUUAAACUGUAAAAUUUAAUUAUUGCACUUCACCAGAAGCUAAUUAUAUUGGCGAUGUAUUAUACCCUACGUGAGAGUAAUUGUUAUGAGAGUGCCCCUAAAUUGGCUUAUAUAAAAAAUAUCACACUUGUCACACUGCAGUUUCUCAGAAAUUACUGAAAUUUGAUCAAAUUCAGCUAAACAAUAAUCAGCUCAGAAUGGCUAAAUGAGCUUUCAGAACUUGAUCCUAAAAGAGAUAGUUCACCCAAAAAUGUAAAUCUUCUAUCUUCAUUCACUCACCCCCAUGUUGUUCUAAACCUAUAUGACUUUUGUUCUUAUGUGGAACAUUGAUGCAUUUUGAUGAAGAAUGUUGAUAACCAAACAGUUUUAGUGCGCAUUGACUUCCAUUGUGAUAUUUAUGAUCAACAUGAGAAACGCAAGACUUAAAAAAAAAAAAGAAAAGGUUGACAAAACUUCUCUUUUAAACCCUCAUGUGUAUGUGUUAAUACCACAGAGAAAUAAGGCAGCAGACUAAGAGCCACACAUUUGUAGAAUUUGGAGACUGAAAAGGGAAGUUUAGUUUCUUAUUCAAAUGUUCUGACAUGGUUUAUAACCUCCAGUGAAAGAACGAUUAAACCAAGACAAGAAGAAUCAUAAGCUGUAAAGAUCACAGAGGAACUGAAGAUGGUAUCUCUGUUCUCACUCUACAUACUGCUUCUGAAGACUUCAUGCAUAUGUUCUUGGCUUGCUGAUAAAUGCCUUUUCUACAGUGAUGUGAAAGAGUUUCCUGUUGAAACAACCUGUGCUGGAAAAACAAACAUUGCUGAGUGCCAUCAUGUAACUAACAUUAAAGAAGACCUGCGUGGACUUCCAUCAAACUUACUUAACCUCUGCAUUCAAAUGGAACCAGACUUCCAUGGUGCCUUGGCUCCAGACUCAUUCUCACGCUUUGCUUCUUUGGAAUACCUGGAAAUUGUUGGAUGUUUCUCAGAGAUCCCCCCAGAGGCUUUUAAUGAACUGACCAACGUAUCUUCAUUAACACUGUCUUUCUUGUCUACAGAAAUCUGCUGUGAGGUAGCUCUUGAUUUCAGUCGCCUUUCCUCACUUAACCAUUUGUCUCUUUCACAGUACAGUUUAUCACCACUGGCACCAAAUGUUUUUGAGACGAUUCCUCUGCUGCAAAAAUUAAAGAUACUCAAUGUGUGCUUGAAGAAUAUAUCUGAGGUUGUUUGUCGACUUGCAAAAGCAAAAUCACUGAAGCUGUUUAAGUUAGAGGAAUAUGAGCUAAAUAGACUUCAUUACCCUAACUGCUCGGUGUUCAACAUCUCUGACAGUUACAUAUCAACUGAGUUCGAUAUUGAAGAGGUACAUUUUUAUUUAGGAAUAGUAGAGCAUGUAGACCAGGGAGCUUUAAAAGCAUUGGGAAAUAUCUAUAGAUUGUGCUUUGUUUCAAACACUGAUUUCCUCAGAGAUCUUUCUUUAUUUGGAGUACAUAAAAUUCAUGAUUUGAGUGUAAGAGUGGAUGUACUUAAUGUUGAUGACUUGUGUACUGCAGCAAAGUCAUAUUCAGUUGAGUCUUUAGAAGUUCGUUAUGAGACUAUUAACAUGCCACUAACCCCUGCUAAUAUCUCACAUGGCUGUGAUGAUAUUAAGGGAAUUGUGCUCAAAGGUAACAUAUAUGUGUAUAAGAUUGUAGAUCUCUUGGAUGUAUAUUCAGUCUUUCAGAUUUUCAGAAAUCUCACUCUUGUUAACAUAAUUAAGCAUGUGCUCAGACCAAAUGAUUUCUUUUCUCUUUGUGCUUCAUUUCCACAGACGGUCAAAAGUCUUUCUGUUAUGAUACUAAGCACAAAUAACAUAGAUAAGAUCAUUUCCAACCAGUUUUAUUGUUUUGCAGUUCUUGAAAUGCUGGACCUAUCCGUCAGUAACAUUUCUAACAUAGAAGAUUUUGCAUUCAUUGGAUUACCCAAGUUAAAAGAGCUAAAACUCUGUAGCAAUAAGUUAUCUUACAUUUAUCGACAUGCAUUCAGUGGUUUAUAUGGACUUAUGGUCUUAGAUCUCCAAGAAAAUCCUUUAAUUCAUAUUGAACCAGCAUCAUUUGGAGAUCUGAUUAACCUUAGUGCACUUCUGCUGGGAGAUCUGAACUUCCCACCUGCUGUGACACUGAUCACACUCCAUUUUUCUGAUAUAUUUGGAAUCAUUCCAUAUAAUUUAAGUUACGUUUUAAUUAGUUCAGGCUUGAGACCAAUGCAGCUUGUGGUCAGGAGCAAUGCUACACUGGGUCAGGGUCUAACCUUCCACAUUAAAAGUGAAUAUGUGACCGUUGAGGGCUGCAACAGUUCACUCUUGACAUAUGUAGACACCCUUAAGAUAAAUGCAGCAUAUAUGAACUGUGGAAAUGAAUUCAUUGGGAAAUAUGUAAGAUCGGUCGUCAAUCUGGAAUUUCGGUCAGUGUUCUCAGACGGUAUUGGAGACUUGGCUGUAAUCAAUCAACUUGUUCAUUUAAAAACCCUAAAACUGGAAAACAUUGACUUGACGAAGCAGCCGAACCUGGCCACAAUGUUUCACAAUCUGACAAAACUCCAGACGCUGAUCCUGACAAACUGCAGAAUGUUCUUUCUGGAUGGAAGUCUGACCAAAGACUUAAAAGCAUUGACAGGUCUAGUACUUAUACCCAAAGAUAAAAUCAAUGUUCUUCAAAACUUGGUGGAACAUCUCACUAGUUUGAAGUACCUCCAUCUUCUGGGCUUGGGUCUGUACUGCAACUGUGAUAAUGCGUGGCUGGUCUCAUGGGCGAAGGACAACAGGAAGGUGCAGGUUGCCAUGUUCAAGCCCACCAUGAAAGAACUGCAGUGCUUGACUGACAAUGGAAUCGACCACCUUAACUUUGUUGAUUAUUCCAAAACCUGUUUAUUUGAUAUCGAAUUUGUGUUCUUCACCUCCACCUCUGGCUUUUUGUGUAUUUUUAUUAUUGUGGUACUGUCAUAUAAGUUUGCAGGCCAAUAUAUUGCGCCAUUCUAUCACAUCGCCAGUGGAUGGUUACGAGAGGCUUUGCAUGUGAACAGUAAACACCAGUACCGCUACGAUGUUUUUGUGUCCUACAGCAGUAAGGACGAGAAUUGGGUCAUGGAGGAACUUCUUCCAAAUUUAGAGCAGCGGGGACCUCCAUUUUUGCGUCUCUGCCUUCAUAGUCGGGACUUUCAACUGGGACAAGACAUUGUGGAAAACAUCACAGACAGCAUCUAUGCAAGUCGCCGGACUCUUUGUCUCAUCAGUCGCAACUACAUCCGUAGCAACUGGUGUUCAUUAGAGAUGCAGCUGGCCACCUACCGGCUCCAAGUUGAACACAGGGACAUUCUUAUCCUGGUGUUCCUAGAAAUGAUUCCGUCUCGCUUGCUAUCCUCCCAUCAUAGAUUGGCCCGGCUGGUAAAAACUAGAACCUAUCUAGACUGGCCACGGGAGCCUGAGAUGCAUGAGGCAUUCUGGGACAGGUUGUGGUGUAAACUGAGCUCCGAUAAAACAAACUAAACUUCAUUUCUAUACUGUAUAGUUCCAAAAGAAAAAGAAAAAAACUAAACCAAAAUCAAUCGGCAAUUUUUUUGUUUCUAUUUUUUUGUUUCUAGUUUCUUUUUUUAAUAAUUUUAAAUGAAUAUACUGUAUACACAUGUUACAACUAUUUUGUAAUGCAUUUGCUUUUUAUAAUAUGCUUUAAUAAACCUGG